GAUGAUGAACAAGGCAGCAGUGUGUUGCCACAGCAUUGUUUGUGGCCGACUGAGCCCCUGCUCUAAUCUGGGUUAUCUGCUUGUAAUCAGCUUAGCCCACUGCUAACCCUACUGCUGCUGCUGCUGCUGCUGCUGCUGCUGGGUGGGCAUUUUCUCCAGCUUCGGUCUUCGUGUCCUCACUGAUUUUUUUUAUAUGAACACCUGUCGAGGCAUCAGGUGGAGCCAAGAAAAGGGAGCCUUCACGCGCAAUACGGGAUCUCAGGCCGCUACACAACCAUUUCGAAGUGUUCGCUUCAUACUGUGGGAACUGUCGAAUGUCCAGAGAUGGCUUCAGCUGCAGACUCGUAUCCUAAGAAAAUACUGGAGUAUAUGGAAGGAUUCUUCGUUUCAAAGACUGUGUUCACAGCCUGUGAGCUGGGGGUGUUUGACGUGUUGUUAGGUGCACAGCGCCCCCUGUCGGCAGCGGAGGUCAGCCAGGCAGUAGGCGCCAGUCUGGACGGUACUCAGAGGCUGCUGGCUGCCUGCACAGGCCUGGAGCUGCUCGAAGCGCACCAGGACGAUGGACAAGUGUUGUACAGUAACACAGAACAAGCCAGCGUGUACCUCACUCGCUCCAACCCCUCAUCCCUCUUCCAGUCCAUCCAGUACAACUCCAAAACCAUCUACCUGUGCUGGCACUACCUGACCGACGCCGUUAGAGAGGGGACAAACCAGUAUGAAAAGGCCUUUGGAGUCAGUUCUAAAGACUUGUUUCGAGCUCUCUACAGAUCUGAUGAAGAGAUGGUGAAGUUCAUGCAGAUGAUGAACUCCAUCUGGAACAUCUGUGGCAGAGACGUGGUCACGGCCUUCGACCUUUCGCCUUUCAAGGUCAUCUGCGACCUUGGCGGUUGCAGUGGCGCAUUAGCCAAGCAGUGCACGUCGGCCUACCCAGAAUGCACUGUGAUGAUCUUUGACCUCCCCAAGGUGGUGCAUACGUCAAAGAAACACUUUAUGAGCGAGGCCGACCAGAGGAUAAGCUUCUGCCAAGGAGACUUUUUCAAAGACUCUCUUCCAGAGGCCGACCUCUACCUCCUCGCCAGAGUCCUCCAUGACUGGACAGACGAUCACUGCAUAGAGCUUCUCAGUCGGGUUUACAAAGCCUGCAAACCAGGGGGCGCCGUGCUGCUGGUGGAGGCGCUGCUCCGCGAGGACGGCUCCGGCCCGCUGACGGUGCAGCUGUACUCCCUGAACAUGCUGGUGCAGACCGAGGGCCGCGAGAGGACGCCCGCUCAGUACGCCGCCCUGCUGGCGGCCGCCGGCUUCACGCGCGUCCGGCACCGCCUCACCGGCAAGCUCUACGACGCCGUGCUGGGACACAAGGAGCCGUGAGUCCUCGCAGUGAGGCCGUAUCAAUGAGCAGCUGCUACAUCAUACUAUCCUACAUAGUGUAGGAUUUUUAAAUUAGCAAACAUUCAAUCACUAUCAUUUGAGUUUUGUGAAUCCCACUCUGGAUUCUUAACAUAUUUCUCUUUGUACACACUUACCAUAAUUUUGCAUAUGGGUUUCUGCAGAUUUUAAUUAAAGAUGCUUUGCCGA